UAAUCCUUCCCAAUUUCAUAACCGUUCACUUCAACCGCACUUCACAGUUGAGCUAACUGUGGUGAGUUCUUUAUCUCACACUCACAAAAUAGGAAGAAAUUCAGCAGAGAGAAUUAUAAUUAAUUAUGAUUACUGUAAUCCCACAAUCCUCAGCGCUGAACCCCUUUCAAUUAUCCCAAUUAUAUAACAGCAAUUGCCUCUUCCAGUCUUCAAUUUCCCCUAUCAGGGUGAAAUUCACCCUGAAACGACGUCGUUUUCACAUUCAAGCCUCUUCUCUAGUCCUCCCACUUCUUCCGUUCCCAAUUGACCAGGUGCUUGUUCCAUCUGAGGCUAAAACGCUUCAUCUUUAUGAAGCGAGAUAUCUGGCGCUGCUGGAGGAGGUUAAAAAAAGCUUAAUUUGUUUUCUUUCUUUAUUUAAGAAGAAAAAGCUAUUUGUACAUUUUGUAUUAGAUCCCAUCAUGCUUAGUGAAACAUUGGAGGAAGCAUCAUUUGCUGCUAGAUAUGGUUGCUUGGUCAAAAUAGAGAAAGUUGAACAACUAGAAGUUGGAGCAUUAGUCUCGAUAAGGGGGGUUAGUCGUGUCAAAAUAUUGGAAUUUAAACAGGUAGAACCUCACUUGACAGGUGUAUUCAUACCACAGCAAGACGAUGUUUCACUCGAAAUUACAGAAGUGCAUUCUAAAGUUUUGGAAUUAAAAGAAGCUCUUCACAGUUUGAAUAGAUUGGAGAUAAAGUUGAAGGUCCCUCAGGAGGCAUUGAUGCAGACUCAGACAGCGAAUUCUCUGAUUUGGGCUGAAACGGCACUGGACCUGGAAUGUGACAACGCUUUCAUUCCGUCUGUGGCUGAGCGUGUUUCCUUUUCAGCACUUCAAGUGGUUUCAGGAGGAACUAAAUCAGAAUGGCUGAAGUUACAGAAAGAGAAGGUUAGAGCAAUGGAAAUGAAAGAUACAGUAGAAAGACUGAACAAAUCCAUAGAAUUGGUCAAAAAUAAUAUCAACACGGUUGCAGCUAAGCUCGCCAUUCAAUCUAUACGUUAGUCCAUACACAAUAUUAUAAUAGACAAGAUUUUAGCAUUUUUCUUCGAUGACAGCAUACAGGUAGUAGUAUCUGUUCCAGAGAAAUAUUUGGUCCCAAACGAAGCCAAAUUGUAACGUGAAUUGAAUACUCGUUUAGUGAUGCGAUUCUGGAAGAGAAAGUCGUAAUAUAGUUGGACAAAUUUCUAGUUUAGAUAUAGUGAACUUAGUUCGAUGAAUUUUACAAUUUGGAGUGUGUAUGACAAUGAUGAGAUACCAUCAAAUUUCUUUACAUUAAUAGUGGUUGCAGUAA